AGCAGCAGCUGCAGCCCACUCCUCUGCCUUAUCUCCGUGAGUUACUGCGCGCAGUUAUAUCACCGCUAGCGAUGUCUUGCGAUAUGUCCGAGUGGGACGGUCCGCUGCACCUGAGCGACGUGGAGGAGAGGCCGGCAUGCCUGCUGGUACUGAACUAUGGGGCGCUGCGCAUAGACAAGCUGGGGCAAAUUGUCACUCCUUCCCAGGUUAAGAACAGACCAACCAUUCAAUGGGAAGGCAUGGAUCCUAAAAAGCUGUACACUGUGAUAUUCACAGACCCUGAUGUUCCCAGCAGGGACAACUGCCAUCUUGGGCAAUGGCAUCACUACUUAGUAGUAAAUGUGAAAGGAAAUGACCUCAGCAGUGGCUGUACUCUCACUGAAUAUGUUGGCGUGGGAGCUGCUAAAGGGACAGGACAUCACAGAUAUACCUGGCUAGUGUAUGAACAGACUACAGAACUGAAGUGCAAUGAACAAGUUCUAAGUAACAGAAAGGCUGAAGGCAGAGAAAAAUUUAAUGCAGCAAAGUUCCGCAAGAAGUACAAACUCCAUUCUCCUGCUGCCGGUAUAUGUUUCCUGGGAGAGUGGGAUGAAUCUGUUCUUGAUCUCUAUAAACAGUUGGGGGUGGAGUAAAGACAGAUGAACCCUUACGAGCAAGCUGCGCCUAUCAAUAUACUGCUGGAGUGCGAUGUCUAUAGCAGCAGAGGUCAAAAUGAAAGAGCACAUACGUCUUGCAGUUUCAUUUAAUAUUAGCAUCUUUUUCUGUUCAGCUUAGAGUAUAUAAAUAGGUUACUUUGUUUUAGCAUGGAGAUUGUGCUGUCAUUUAAUCUUAUCAGAGACGAGCAGUUAUACAGUAGUAUGAAUACUUCAUAGUCAUUCAAUUGUGCCAAUAAAUCUAAUUUUAAAAAAAUUGUGAAAUGAGGUGUUUUUGCUGUGAACGCUGUAAAGUGUGUAACUAUUGUGCCUUCCUUCCUGACAGCAUCUGUGAUAACAAAAAGGGUUUUAACUACCUACCGGUGAAUCCUUUUCUCGUAGUCCGUAGAGAAUACUGGGGUUCCAUUUAGUACCAUGGGGUAAAGACGGGUCCACUAGGAGCCAUGGGCACUUUAAGAAUUUGAUAGUGUGGGCUGGCUCCUCCCUCUAUGCCCCUCCUACCAGAAUCAGUCUAGGAAACUGUGCCCGAGGAGACGAACAUACUUUGAGAGAAGGAUAGAUUAAGAUAGUGGUGAGAUUCCGAACCAGCACACACAAACAGAGGAAAGCUAUGCUAACCCAACUUUAAACAGGAACAGCAACAGCUGAACCAACAAUACUUAACCAAGUAACAGUGCAGGAAGAACGAAGCACUGGGCGGGCGCCUAGUAUCCUCUACGGACUACGAGAAAUGGAUUCACCAGUAGGUAAUUAAAUUCCAUUUAGUACCAUUGGGAUGUACCAAAGCUCCCAAACCGGGUGGGAGAGUGCUGAGGUUCCUGCAGAACUGAUUGACCAAACUGAAGGUCCUCAGAGGCCAAAGUAUCGAACUUGUAGAACUUAGCAAACGUGUUCAUAUCAGACCAAGUAGCCGCUCAGCAGAGCUGUAAAGCCGACACACCCUGGGCAGCAGCCCAGAAAGAACCCACCAACCUAGUAGAGUGGGCCUUUACAGAUUUUGGAACCGGCAAACCUGCCACGGAAUAAGCAUGCUGGAUAGUGAUAUAAAUUAUACCAGGUAGGCGCUCAUAAAAUUAACAGUAGCGAUCUGUUAAUUUUAUUACAAAACACAAAAUAAUAUUACACUAAAAAUGCAUCAUAAAAAGAUACACCUCAUAAAAUAUACUACAGUAUUUGAUACAAUUACAAACAUACACACUUAGAUAGUGUGGAAUAGUGGAAUCCCUGGGGUUAAGAAUAUAUAUCCAAAAUGAUAAGCAGAUGUAUUUGACACCUAUUUUGGUGUGGCAGGCAGAGUCACUCAAUAUAAUUCAAUCAGUCUCAGAACGCCUAAGUAAUAUUGAUGGCCAGUAGCAAGUGAAUUAGUUGUGUGACAUAAGCCUGCAUAUAAUUAUAAGAAUAUAUCCAUCCAUCAUCUUAUCCCUCUCGAUGUCAAUGAGCAAUGGAAUUUAAGUGCACCAAAUGGCCAAGUGUUCCGUAUUUAAUGUUGGUUGAAUAGAUGUAAUGUUACCAAGAAAAUUUGGUGGCUGUGCUGGUGAAUAUUAUGUAGUUUGUCUAUCAAUAAUAUUAGUGAUGGAUAGCCCACGCUGUGUAGGUUCCCCCCCCCCCUUUCUCUGUAUACUUCUCUCUUCCUACACAUAUAUAUUGUCAUUUUAACAGAUCGCUACUGUGGUUAUAAGCGCCUACCUGGUAUAAUUUAUAUUUCUUGGUGUUUACUGUACAGAAGAGGUUGGCUACCUCUUCACCAAGUGGCUGCUGUCCUACAGGGGCGUAUCUACACUCGCCUACACAGCGCCAACAAACCAUACUUUUUCAUGCUGGAUAGUGAGCCUGAUCCAGCGUGCAAUUGUCUGCUUUGAAGCAGGACACCUAAUUUUAUUGGGAUCAUAUAGAACGAACAGCGAGUCGGAUUUCCUGUGACAAGCUGUCCUCUUUACGUAUACCUUCAAAGCCCUCACAACAUCCAAAGACUUUGAAGUAGCAGAAGUGUCGGUGAUAACCAGAACCACAAUAGGUUGGUUGAUGUGAAACGCAGACACCACUUUCGGGAGAAAUUGCUGACGAGUUCUGAGUUCAACUUUGUCCUCAUGGAAAAUUAAAUAGGGGCUCUUGUGAGACAAAGCCCCCAGCUCUGACACACGUCUUGCUGAAGCCAAGGCCAACAGUGUGACGGUCUUCCACGUAAGAUAUUUUACGUCCACCUCCUGUAACGGUUCAUACCAGUCCGAUUGGAGGAACUGCAGCACCAAACUGAGAUCCCAAGAUGCUGUGGGAGGCACAAAGGGAGAUUGUAUGCGCAGAAUACCUUUCAAAAACGUCUGGACCUCAGGGAGAGAAGCCAAUUGUUAUUGAAAAAAAAUGUACAAGGCCGAAAUCUGGACUUUUAUGGAGACCAUAUGUAGGCCCACAUCCACACCUGCCUGCAGAAAAAGCAGGAAACGUCCCAGGUGAAAUUCCACCACAGAAUAAGUUCUGCUCUCACACAAAGAGACGUAUUUCUUCCAAAUACGGUGGUAAUGUUUAGACGUUACCCCCUUCGUGGCUUGGAUCAUAGUUGGGAUAACUUUAUUAGGGAUCCCUCUUCUGGCUAGAAUCAGCCAUUCAACUUCCAUGCUGUCAAACGUAGCCACGGUAAGUCCUGAUAGACGAACGGGCCCUGUUUCAGAAGAUCCUCACGAAGAGGUAGAGGCCACGGAUCCUCGAGAAGCAUCUCUAGAAGGUCUGCAUACCAGUCCCUUCUUGGCCAGUCCGGAGCAAUGAGGAUUGCUUGAACCUUUUCCCUUUUUAUUCUUUUGAGAAUUCAAAACAUACACAGCUUUAUGUACCUCCUGAUCCUCUGAGACGUGUUUGACCAGUGGUUUUAAUAGGAACUAUAAUUCCUCCCUUUGUCAAAAUAAUUACAACUUUGGGAGCGUAUAGUUCACAAAUCUUAUUGGGCCAGUGAAGUUGUUACAUCUUUUUCGCCACUAUCGGCAAUACUAUUCCUAGCCUAGGCACUAAUAUUCGUUGCCCAUUGUCAUUCUCGUUAGGCGGGUGGAAUUUAUAAGUAUCCACCGUAUGGUACAUUUUUAGAUCAUAUAUACCCCUGAGGAAGUCCUGUUAAAAGGACAAAACGCGUAGGGUUUUAAAAUAAGGUGAUUAGGAUAUCCAGUAUACAUUGGAGGGUCCCCACCACUGAUCUCACAUCCUGGGGUGGCUGGUGGCACUCAUGUUUACACCUGUCUUGAUGUAACCUGAUUGUUCCUAUAAUACACCUUGUAUAAUGUAGAGACUAAUAUACAUUAUAUAUUUUAUGUUGGAUGUUACAAAUAAACAUAGGAAUUUUACUAA